AUGGCCAAGUCCAAGGACCACACCACACACAACCAGUCCUACAAAUGGCACAGAAAUGGCAUCAAGAAACUUCAGUCACAAAGAUAUGAAUCUCUUAAGGAGGUUGACUCCAAGUUCCUGAGGAACAUGUGCUUUGCCAAGAAGCACAACAAGAAAGGCCUGAAGAAGAUGCAGGCAAACAACGCAAAGGCAAUGAGUGCCCGUGCAGAGGCCAUUAAAGCCCUUGUGAAGCCUAAGGCUGUUAAUCCCAAGAUGCCAAAGGGCCCCAGCUGCAAACUCAGCCGGCUCGCUUCCAUCGCUCAUCCCAAGCUUGGGAAGAAGAUUCAAAGCUACAGGAGCAAGGGUAGUAGGCUCUGCCGACCAAAGCCCCAGGUGCAAACCAAGGCAAAAGCUGCAGCUAAGGCCCAGGCUUUAAUCCCAGCUCAGGCUCCCGAAGGCACCCAGGCCCCUGUGAAGGCC